UGAAAUGAGUAGUGACGAGUGUCAGACCUGUCGAACACCGCGAGCGUUGACAAGCGAUGAAAUAAACAAGUUGAACAGUGAAAUAGCAGUAAAUGAGUUCAAGAAGAAUAGACUCGAAAUCGAGGCACAAAAGAAUUGGGAUCGAUUCUACAAACGAAAUAAAGAUAAAUUCUUCAAAGACAGACACUGGUCUCGAGAAGAUUUUAUCACACUUUGUCCGCAUAUCAAUUUAGAGAGUGAAUUAACAUAUCUGGAAGCAGGUUGCGGGGUUGGCAAUAUGUUGUUUCCAUUGAUGGAUUAUUUCCCUCUCUGGAAUGUGGUCGCGUUCGAUUUCUCAUCGAAUGCCAUUCAACUGCUCAUCGAACGUUUCAAACAAACCAAACAACAAACAAAUUCUUUAACAGUUUUUGUCGCUGAUUUGUGUGACACUGAGCACUUCCCACCUGUUCAGUUACCACUCAGCGAUAGUACAUCCACCCGUGAUGCUGCCAUCACUAGAAAUGAUCAAGAUUCAAAGUCAACAUUGAGCUCGAGUCAGACUUUCGUAUCAGAACCUCUAUCAUCAGAGUCACCUUCAAUCUCGAGAAGUCAAGAUGACUGCAUUAGAAGUGAUCACGAAGAUAAUACCUCUAAUCAGUUCAGAAAUAUUGUCUCAAUUCAACAUGCUCAUCGUAGCGACCAUUCCUCUCCUUCGACUCAUUCUGAAUGCAUUCAACUAAGCCAAUCAAACCCCUCCGAUCAUCCCUCAGAAUCGUUUUGUUAUUAUUCACAUAAAAGUGUCCACUUCAACGGCGCUGAUCUCGCAACGUUGAUAUUCGUAUUGAGUGCGAUCCAUCCGAACAAACAUCGGAUUGCCGUUCAAAAUCUAACGAAACUGAUCAAAAAAGGUGGUACGGUUAUUGUUAGAGAUUACGGUAUCAAUGAUCAUGCAAUGAUCCGUUUUGGACGUGGCACAAAACUGCACGAACGCUUCUAUGCCAGACAGGACGGCACCCGUGCCUUCUAUUUUAAGCUUGGUUUGUUCACAUAUCUUUUCUUUAUC